AUGGAGUGUCUUCUAACUCCCAAGGCCUUUCAUCACCAUGAUGCCGCGACUCCUCAAGACUCUGCCACUUCGGCCUUCUCCGCAAGCCAGUGGGCAUACCCAGAAGUGCCGAGGGGCCGGAAGAAGCUCAAACAUGGCAUCGAGAACCCUUUACACCGUCUUCUUCCCAGACAUGCUCAUCGAGAUCUGGGACACAAUGUGGCGAAACCCAGUGCCACAAGCGCCAUGGAAAAAGAACUGUUGGACAUUUUGCCGCCGCAUGAUUCAGGCUUGGUACUCAUCAACAACUAUUUUGACAGAAUCCACUGGUUCAUGCUCUUGUUCCACCAGACAGACUUUCGAGACAAGUUUGAGCAGCUGCACACACUGAGACAACAAGGCCCGGCAAAAGUUCCAGCCAGUCAGUGCGGAUACAUGGCUGUGUUGCUGGCUGUUUGCGCAAUCAGUAUCGAGUACACCACCCCCUCUCAAAAGGAUGACCUGACGAGAAAAGGCAUUCAGCCAGACCGUCUGAAAGAGCGUAUUCUCUCGGCUCUGAGACUCAGGCUACUCGACAUCUUGGCCAUGGGCUCUCUCGAAGCCGUUCAGACAUGUGUUCUGCUGAGCAGCUACUACCUCUACCACGGACAGCCAGAACUGGCCUGGCCUCUCUGUGGGUGCGCACAGCGCAUUGCGCAAGCUCUGAACCUCCAUAGAAACGUCAAAUCUCUGGGUGGCUCCGAGCACGGGCAGAUGGAGCAGCCUGUGAUUGCCGCCAGACAGCGUUGCUGGUGGGCAGUGUAUGAGAUAGAGACGACAUGCUCCAUAAUGUACGGGUUUCCCUCGAGCAUUUCGGAUCAAGACUGCGAUGCCGAGGCGUUGGAUCCCCACGAUGAGUCCUCCGCUUCGACGGCUGGUUUUGCGCCCCUUCCCGAGCCGAAUCUCUUGGUUUACAAGUGCGCCAUGUCAUCCCUGACCAAGAUUGCCAAGUGUGCCUUGACAGACCUCUAUGGCAACCCGAGUCACAUGGACAAUGCAAAAAGGUCGGAUUCGGGGCAUACUGCGCGUUUGCACAGCCUGAUGAGCAAAGUGUCUGACCUUGACAAAACACUUGCUCAGUGGCUGAAUGGACUUCCUGUGAAAUUACGGCCGACCGAGCUGGAUUUAAAGUCUAGUCUCGGCUGUCCAUUACCUGCGCAGCACAACAACCACGUUUCCUUUCGGGAGCAGCUCUUUCAAUUGCAGGCCUUGGCUCUGAAACUAGCCUAUGAAAACUCCAGGAUCCUCAUCCACCGACCCCUGUUGUCCUUUAACAUGGCGGCAUCGGAAGCCGGCUCGCCACGUCAAGCCGCGUCGCCCGACCCCUUUCAGCACUCGGUAGAGACAUGUCGGGAUGCCGCGUUGCAAAUCGCAAUGACGGGGUCCAUCCCAAUAUUCUACCACGCGACAAAGACGUACAUUGUCUCGUUUGUGUCUCUGCACCUAUUCACGGCAGGAGUCACGCUCUGCAUCAUGGCAAGUCUGGAUCCUCUACGUCCCCAGUCGCACGAAUCCAAGGUAGGUAUCCGCGCGUUGAUGGAGAUGCAAAAUGUCCUCAAGACGAAAUCAAUCGUCGCAACGCAGGGGCUCGGCAUCCUGCGCAAUCUUUUAUCCCUCGUCAUGGCAAAAGAAAUCGACGUCAUGUUCCAACCUGGCACCGUGGGCGUGGAUGAUGAGCCAGAGACAAGAAACACUUUGCCUGCUGGUGCGCAACCCCAAAUUGCCGAGCCUAAUGCUUUGUAUCAAUGUGACAGAGAUGUAGCAGCGGAGGCGCCCCGGCCGGAAGGACACGACGACACCGCAUCGCGUGCGCAGGACCUUGGUCCGGGCGCAGAUUCUGGGUUUUGCGAGAACCUUUGCAUGACGGAAGCGUUGUUAGACUUUGAACAGGUAAUCGGUUACUCAGGUGGCCACCUGGCGACUGGUCAACAGUCGGCGUCUCUGGGCGAUUCUCUGCCUACGAAUCAGUUUGUUGGACAGGAUCAAGGAUGGCUAUGGGGCUGGAACCUUGACGUCUAG